AUGAAUAUCUUACUUCUAUUAUUUUUAUUUUCAUUGACUAGCACAAAUGCAUCGCAUUUUAAUGGUGGUACGAUUACAUGGGCUCCUAUAAAUCCUUCUGAUAAUUCAUCUAUAGUAAAUAUAACUGUUACACAACUUUAUUCAUGGACUUAUCCUACUGUAACUUGUACAACCGAUGUGCCUAUCACAACUAGUACCUAUAGUAAUUGGAAUACUAAUCUAACAUGUGUUUCAAACUGUGCUACUGAUGGAGAUUAUUCAUUAGCACCUGUUAAUAUUCUAACAGAUUGCAUUUCUUAUAGUACUUCAUUAGGCAUGAUGUUAAGUGAACGAUCAGUUAAUAUAACUCUUAAUACUAGUGCUUACUUUUAUAUCUCGUAUACGGGAUCGGCUUGGAGAAAAUUAAAUGAUCCUCCUGAGAGUAAUCUUGCUUGGUCAAUUUUAAGUUUGAUUGAUCUUCGAAUGCGGGAUGAUGGUAUUCUCAAUACUCCACCUGUAGCAAGUGUAAUUUCACCACAAUACGUUAUAGUAAAUACAACAACUCAAAUUAAUAUACCUGUCUCAGAUGUCAAUACAGGUGACGAUAUUCGUUGUCGAUGGUCUGUUUAUCAACCAGGUUAUCGCAAACGAAGACAAAUAGAUGAAAAUUCACUUAUGAAUUCAGAAUUUCCUGAUCAAAUAAAUCAAUCUUUGACCACCGAUAGAAAUAUUCCAUAUAUAAGAAAGAAAAGACAAGAAUGUUCAUCAUGCAAUUCUGGUGCAUGUUCGCACAACUGUCUUUGUAGUUGUCCCGCUUGUGACGAUACUACGUGUACUGGUACUCGAUGUUCAACAUCUCCUUUUUGUCCUGCCGUAACUACGACAACUCGUACGACAUUAUCAACAUCAUCAUUUCUGCAUCCACCAAUUGACGAAUGUGGUAGCAUAUGUUAUCCUAGUGGUUUACCAAAUGAUACUACGUUGUCAAAUUGUACUAUAUCAUUUACAGGUUUGAUACCUGAUACUUGGUAUGCCAUAUCUAUCCAGGUAGAAGAUUUUAUUAAUGACACAAGUACUAUUCCAAUGAGUUCAGUACCCGUUCAAUUUCUAAUUUAUGUUUUAUCAACACCAACAUGUUUGAUAUUACCACUUAUUCUUCCUCUUACAUCCUGUUCGGAAGUUGAAAUUGGUGUAACAAUAAAUAUUACUCUAUAUGCAAUGAAUCUCUGUGGUUCAACUGUUAGUAUUACAGACAUUAUUGUAUCAAAAAGAAUAUCAGGUAUGACAGCUGGCAAUUUAAUUAAUUCGACAAAGAAUUCCUCAUUGGUUUAUGUUACUUUUACUUGGACACCACAAUCAAGUCAAAUUGGACAACAAGAAUUGUGUAUCAUUGCUUUUAAUAAUCUAUUCGUCCAAUCAAUAUCAUAUUGCGUAAUGUUUACGGUAACUUCAUCAACUUCAAACUGUCCAAUAACAACGAGUAAAGCGGCACGGAGUCGCAGACAAAUACAACAUAAGGAUGACGUACAAUGGCAGAGAUAUUUUUCAUUAAACCAGUUUAUUCGUUCUCGAAACAAUCCUUUUACAACGCCAAAGAAACGUUAUGCAGUUCAUAAUAUAGAUAACAAUCAAAAUGGUACAAAUACUGUUCAAUCAAGUAUACAGACAGCAAUCUCAUCUCGAAAAGCGCGUCUAUUUUCCAUGUCUCACAAGAAUAAUAAAGUGUCGACUUUCGAGACAAUGAAUAGUAUUGAUCAUUCACUUAAAGAUGAUAAACUAUGGCAGAAACCCACUCUCCAUCAAAGUAUAGACAAUAUUUCAUUUUCACUACCCUCUGCUAUUCAAACGGAUGAAAUAUCAAACGUAGAAGGAAAAGGCGUAGAAUAUAAUAGUAAGUCAAGACAAUCGUCAGAAAAUAUUUCAUCGUCACCGAUAACUCAUGUUACCAAACUCUCUCGAAAACAUCAGGCAGUAAAAUGUGAUAUUACAAAAAAAGACAAUAACGACAAUAGAAAUUCAAGUAAUAUCAAUUUCAUACAAGAUAAUGUUAAUGAUGAUAUUACUUUUGCAUCAUCGAAGAUAGCAAUAGACAAUAAUGAAAAGAGUAAUGCUGUUCAAUCGAAUGAAAAUGCAACAACAACAGUUCAUAAACCUAAAGUUGUUAAAAUAAAACCAAAUGAAUUCAGUGCACAACAACACAAUGAUCCCAUCAAUACAAACUUCAAUAGUCAAGAUGUUAUCAAUGAAGAUCCACAGAGAACAAGUUGUGUUAGAGUGACCAAACUCAAGCAAUCACCUAGUAGAACUUCAAAAUUACAAGAUUUUGAAAAACCUGCAGUAUCAGAAAGCAAUCAAGCCAUUGUUACUUCAGUUGGGCAGCAACACUCGAAAGUUCGAUCACAUCCAGUGCGUCAUCGAAAGAAUGUCGUUGGUAUUAUGAAAAUGUCAUGA